AUGAUUUCGCCGAACAGGGGAGGGGCGGCAGGGCACCUGGAUUUUUGAGUGUCCGAUUUUCGGAAUCGAUUUUCUUGGUUGGGCGUUCUCUUCGACCCCUCAAAAUCCUCACAAAUUAUUAGAUUUUGUCCACCCAAUCAUAUUAUCGAAGGGGUCGGUUUCUGUGAGCCGGUAAGCUCCCAGCCAUGGCCCCGGACCGGGACUGUCCGGCCCAAAUAAUCUUCGAGCCGGGUCGGCUAUACAUAAUCCGGCCCGACCGGAAUCCUCUCUCUCUCUCUCUCUCUCUCUCUCUCCCCAUCUCUAUCUCUCUCUCUCUCUCCGGCAGAAGCAGCUGAGGGAGUGGAGGAGAUCCACGGCGCUAGCGACGACUAACCGUGAAAAAAUCCACGGAGGAAGAGAAAUAUAGAAAGAAGCAUGCGUUCAUGAACAUCGAGAAGAAAGAAGCAAUCUAGAAUUCAUAGAAGAAGGGGGGGAAGAGAAGAAACAGAGUACAAAGGGCGGGGGCCGCCUUGGCAUCAGAGCAACAGGGGAGAGAUUCGCUAACCAUUCGACAUGAAAGUCGAGAUGAUUAGACGGAAGAAGAGAGUAGAUGGCUGAAAUGCAUUGGGAUUUAGCACCCACCACGGAGACGGAGGACGAGAUGGAGAGUCGACUCCUUCUGGAUGUUGUAAUCGGCGAGCGUACGACCGUCCUCCAGCUGCUUGCCGGCGAAGAUCAGCCUCUGCUGGUCCGGGGGAAUGCCCUCCUUGUCCUGGAUCUUGGCCUUUACGUUGUCGAUGGUGUCGGAGGACUCAACCUCCAGGGUGAUGGUCUUGCCGGUGAGGGUCUUCACGAAGAUCUGCAUCCCACCACGGAGACGGAGGACGAGAUGGAGAGUCGACUCCUUCUGGAUGUUGUAAUCGGCGAGCGUACGACCGUCCUCCAGCUGCUUGCCGGCGAAGAUAAGCCUCUGCUGGUCCGGGGGAAUGCCCUCCUUGUCCUGGAUCUUGGCCUUUACGUUGUCGAUGGUGUCGGAGGACUCAACCUCCAGGGUGAUGGUCUUGCCGGUGAGGGUCUUCACGAAGAUCUGCAUCCCACCACGGAGACGGAGGACAAGGUGAAGGGUGGACUCCUUCUGGAUGUUGUAAUCGGCGAGGGUACGGCCGUCCUCCAGCUGCUUGCCGGCGAAGAUCAGCCUCUGCUGGUCCGGGGGAAUGCCCUCCUUGUCCUGGAUCUUGGCCUUUACGUUGUCGAUGGUGUCGGAGGACUCAACCUCCAGGGUGAUGGUCUUGCCGGUGAGGGUCUUCACGAAGAUCUGCAUCCCACCACGGAGACGGAGAACAAGGUGAAGGGUGGACUCCUUCUGGAUGUUGUAAUCGGCGAGGGUACGGCCGUCCUCCAGCUGCUUGCCGGCGAAGAUCAGCCUCUGCUGGUCCGGGGGAAUGCCCUCCUUGUCCUGGAUCUUGGCCUUUACGUUGUCUAUGGUGUCGGAGGACUCAACCUCCAGGGUGAUGGUCUUGCCGGUGAGAGUCUUCACGAAGAUCUGCAUCCCACCACGGAGACGGAGGACAAGGUGAAGGGUGGACUCCUUCUGGAUGUUGUAAUCGGCGAGGGUACGGCCGUCCUCCAGCUGCUUGCCGGCGAAGAUCAGCCUCUGCUGGUCCGGGGGAAUGCCCUCCUUGUCCUGGAUCUUGGCCUUUACGUUGUCGAUGGUGUCGGAGGACUCAACCUCCAGGGUGAUGGUCUUGCCGGUGAGGGUCUUCACGAAGAUCUGCAUCCCACCACGGAGACGGAGGACAAGGUGAAGGGUGGACUCCUUCUGGAUGUUGUAAUCGGCGAGGGUACGGCCGUCCUCCAGCUGCUUGCCGGCGAAGAUCAGCCUCUGCUGGUCCGGGGGAAUGCCCUCCUUGUCCUGGAUCUUGGCCUUUACGUUGUCGAUGGUGUCGGAGGACUCAACCUCCAGGGUGAUGGUCUUGCCGGUGAGGGUCUUCACGAAGAUCUGCAUCCCACCACGGAGACGGAGAACAAGGUGAAGGGUGGACUCCUUCUGGAUGUUGUAAUCGGCGAGGGUACGGCCGUCCUCCAGCUGCUUGCCGGCGAAGAUCAGCCUCUGCUGGUCCGGGGGAAUGCCCUCCUUGUCCUGGAUCUUGGCCUUUACGUUGUCGAUGGUGUCGGAGGACUCAACCUCCAGGGUGAUGGUCUUGCCGGUGAGGGUCUUCACGAAGAUCUGCAUCCCACCACGGAGACGGAGAACAAGGUGAAGGGUGGACUCCUUCUGGAUGUUGUAAUCGGCGAGGGUACGGCCGUCCUCCAGCUGCUUGCCGGCGAAGAUCAGCCUCUGCUGGUCCGGGGGAAUGCCCUCCUUGUCCUGGAUCUUGGCCUUUACGUUGUCGAUGGUGUCGGAGGACUCAACCUCCAGGGUGAUGGUCUUGCCGGUGAGAGUCUUCACGAAGAUCUGCAUCUGGAAGUAUCAGAACAAAAGCUAGAUGUCAGAUUCGCCCCUCUCUAUACAGAAGGAACCAAGAACUAAUAAAAAAUAAGAUAAGGACACAGAUCUAAGAAUUAUGCCUCAAAACUUUCAAGAAACAAGGGUCGCAGAUCGCGGAAAACAACACGAAAUCAUACCAGGAUAAAAUAACAUGCUCAAGACCAAAAAAUAACCAUACAGAUCAAAAGCUAGACGUCAGAUCCAUUCCUCUCGAUAAAAAAUACGGGAAGAACACGUCUUAGAAUCAUGCCUGAAAGCUUGCUUCAAUGAAUCUAGAGAUACAAAUCUCGUAAAACAACACGAAAUCAUACCAGGAUCAAAUCACAUAUUCACAAUCAAACAAGAGCCAAACAGAGGGAGAGAUCCAUAAAUACCACUAAAUCGACAAAACCGACGGGGCAGAGAAGGAAGAAAACAUCGCGAUCUAGAAGAGACGGCGUAUACCUUGCGAGCGGCAGGCGACGAAUCUCUCUCUCUUCCGGUGUUGUAAACCGAGCAAUUUUGAGAACUUGCUAAAUUGUGAGGCGAGCAUCGACGGCUCCAGGAUUUAUAGGCUGAUGGAGGUCGGCGACCGAUCUUUGUUAGGGUUCCACGAUCUUUCCUCACGCAACGCGUCAGCAUCUUCCGUCAGAAUGGCAGAAAUUAUUUUAAACCCUCACGUCUACGUAUUAUUGUUUUAG